AUGAUACCUGGGUGUCGAAAGAGUGCUAGUGGUGGAGUGAAGCAACUGGUACUGGAAGACAAUGGAAGUCUGAAAAUAUUCACUUCUGAGAAACAACUGCUCUGUCAGAUCGUCGAACCUGUUGUUUGGACUGAGAAAGAAUUCACGAGCUCCGUGGUAUCCAUUCCUAAGAAGUGGAUGCCGCGUAUAUUUCAAGAUUCUAAAGUAGACGAGUUCGAUGCACCAAGAGGUCGAUUAGCUGUGGUUAUUGUCGGUUUGUACAGAACCAACCUGAAAACGUGCAACGGGCAUGUGCGGAAAGUGAUACAAAAGUGGCGAGGUACUGAAGCUGAUGUUUUCAUCUACACUUAUUGGCAAGAUGCCGAUCUACCUAAGGGUACUAUUCCCUCGGCCGAAAGCGUUGGCCACCGGUUAAGAGAAUGUUACGGAAAUUUCCUAAAGAGCUAUAAGGUGAAUGAUUUGUCUAAAAUUGAAGAAACCUUUCCGAUUCCAGGUGGACCAUCCACAGUCAGGCAGUGUGGUGGAAAGUUAAAUCAACUUCAAUCUCAAUUAAAAACUUUGUAUCUUGUUGGUCAACUUGUUCGAGAUUAUCAGCUAUCUACUGGAGUUCGUUACGAUCACAUCAUUCGAUUUAGGCCAGAUACGAAAAUAUGGGGACAUGUUCCUGACCUCCCUCGCAUGGAUUUCACCAGCCUAAAUGGUUUUGGAAGAAUCUAUCUGAUACAUCCAGGACGAGAGCACUACUUCUUUUGUGACCACCACGACGGUCGGUGGAGAACUGGUCCAAGUGACCAGGCGGCCUACGGUCGAGCUUCAGAUAUGUUCACUUAUUUCGACAUGUACCUUCACUUUUCCGAAAUGAUAAAGUCUGCGAUAGGCGCCGGCACUCUGAAUGUUAAAGCGAAGAUGGACUGGAGUGAGAUGGCAGGCGAUCUGUGCGCUAUUGAAUGUCUGGUUGGUUAUUGGAUGGUUCUAAGAGGAAUAGAAUUUGAGGUAUGGUGGGAAUGGCAGCAGAAUGUGAUUAGACGAGGCGGAGGACUAGCUAAGGAUUGUCGUCAAGGGUUCGAUUGUCCAUAA